AUGUUAUUCCGUGCAUUUCAUCGCAGGUUACACCGGACUCUACGCCUUCUGCGGACAGAUACAAAAGUUCCACCGGUCGGUACGGAGAAAGUGAAAGAACUGUUGGAAAAUGCAGCCACCUUCGAGGACAUUACAUCGCCCGAUGGCACGGCUAACGAAUGGGCCACACUUCCGUACGUGGCCGGCACCUACAUCAGCCGCGAUCAGUCCAAAAAAGCCAUUCGACCAAAGAUUGACCCGCGGGAAACGAACGUGAUUAUCUUCCCCGGCCAGGGGACCCAGUAUGUGGGGAUGGGUUCGAAGCUGCUAAAGUUUCCCGGUGCCCGUGACAUCUUUGCCCUAGCCAACGAGGUGCUUGGCUACGAUCUGCUUAAGAUAUGUAUUGAGGGGCCAAAGAGUAAACUCGACCAGACACAAUACUGCCAGCCAGCCGUGAUGGUAACAUCCCUGGCAGCUCUCGAACAGCUUCGCGAGGAACGUCCGAAUGCGAUUGAUAAUUGUUUCGCAACUGCCGGCUUUAGUUUGGGUGAACUGACCGCACUCGUGUUUGCCGGUGCUAUACCCUUCGAUAAGGGACUGCGGUUGGUACAGAUCCGGGCGGAAGCCAUGCAGUUAGCGAGCCAGCAAACGAAAGGCGGUAUGGCCACGGUACUGUUCGGCGCGGAUGGUCGAAUAGGAGAGGCAUGCAAGGAAGCGCAAAAUUGGUGCAUUGAAAAGGGUAUCGAAAGUCCGGAUUGUCGUGUAGCGAACUAUCUUUAUCCCGGUUGCAAGGUACUAGCCGGUAAUGAGGAAGCGCUGCGAUUCUUGGAGGCAAAUGCGAAACGCUUCAACAUACGCCGGCUGAAGCGAUUGCCGGUUAGCGGGGCAUUCCACACGGAGUUGAUGCAGUCAGCUGUGGAACCGUUUGCUACAGCGUUGAGAAAAAUUCGUAUCGAGGAUCCACUCAUCAGUGUGUACUCGAACGUGGAUGGAAAGUGUUACAAGAAUGCGGGACACAUUGUGGGCCAGCUGCCAAAACAGAUCGUACGGCCGGUUAAGUGGGAGCAGACGUUACACAUCAUGUACGAGCGGCAGCAGGGAGAGCACUUUCCACGCACAUUCGAGUGUGGUCCCGGGCGAGGAUUGAAAGCAAUCCUGAAGCAGGUCAAUGCGAAGGCAUGGGAUUCGACGUUAAACGUAGAAGCGUAG